AUGUGCAAAUCUGAAAGUGUUUUCAUGGAAGAAGAAGGACAACAAAACCCAACUAACUGUCAUGAAGUUGCAUUUGACGAUGAAAUACGGAAAACAACAGCAAACCAACUAAAACUUUCAAGCUUUGAUAAAAAAAAAUUGAAUCAUCAACAACCCCAAUCAACAACUCUUGAUUUCGCAAAAUCAAUCAAAGUAGUUAAGUCAAAUCCAAAUCAAAAUCCAAAUUUGAAUCCUAAAUCUAAACUUAAACCUAAUUCAUCUAUUUAUUUGUUUGUUUCUUGAUACUCAAAAUCCAUGGAAGCUGCAAUAUCUCAACCCCUAGUUUUUUCCUUUCUUUCCACGAUUUUCGCAGACGGAAGCGUUUCUGACAAUAAAAUAGCUCCAUCUAUCAUCUCUUCUGGAAAUCCUCCACUUGCUUCUUCUCAUCGAAAAAGGUGUCGUGAAGCCACCAUGUCCAGCGCAGCUUCUGGUAAAGUCACGACAUCUGCUCGUUGCCAUUGCUCCAAGAGAAUGAAAUCUCCUGUGAAGAGAACAAUUCAUGUUCUGGAGAUAAGUAAGAAGGUCACUGAUAUUCUAGAAGACAUAUUUUCAUGGAGGAAAUACGACCAAAAACCUAUUAUAGGUUCACCUUAA